AUGGAGUCCUCUGUUGAUGCAUUAGCUUCAAAACGCUCUCGUUCAAGUGGAUUUUCCCCUGACCCUGACAGAGGCAAAAGACAGAAGUUAUCAAAUGUUGUGGAGCACGGGAAUCCAUUCGCAGUUACUGAUGUUCUGGAUCGUAUAGAGCAUGGAAAAUAUGGAAGUGUCACGAAGGAUAUAGAGGCCCUUUUUGCCCGAAGAAUGAAGGUACUUGGACCUUACUUAGCAAAGUAUCCCAAACUUAAUCAAUUGAUCCAUGCGGUAAUCGACCGCGAUGAAGAAACUCUUAAGUCAGAAGAUCAACAAGUUACUGGUUUGACACAUCAAAAUGUCAUAGAUUUGGAAACUCCUAAGUUAGAAGUUCAACAGAUUACUGGUUUGACACUUCAAAAUGUCAUAGAUUUGGAGGGGGAAAACACUGAGAAGGAUGUUCAUGCAGCACAAAUUCAUGGUUUGAUUCACAUUGAUUCAGAUGAGGAAGAUGAUAGAGAUAAAAAAUCUAUUGUUCCAUAUGAAGCUUCAGAUGAGAAAGAUGGUAGAGAUAAAAAAAUUAUUGUUCCAUAUGAAGCUUCAGAUGAGGAAGAUGGUAGAGAUAAAAAAAUUAUUGUUCCAUAUGAAGCUUCAGAUGAGGAAGAUGGUAGAGAUAAAAAAAUUAUUGUUCCAUAUGAAGCUUCAAAUGAGGAAGAUGAUAGAGACAAAAAAUCUUUUGUUGCUUUUCAUGAAGUUGUGUCGCCAAGACUAGUUGCACCAUCUCCUGCGUCUAAGACGGUUGAGUACCACACUCCCAUUCCUUACCAUGGAGAAACUGAAGAUCUAAAAUUUGAGACAAGUAUAUCUGGAAAAGAUAACACUAGGGGAGAUAAAGGUGUUUAUAUUGGUGUACAGGAGGUAGAGGAUCAUCAGGGUGAUACUGCAGAUGAUGAUGGUCUAGAAGAUAUUUGGAAGGAGAUGUCAAUGGCAAUAGAAUGUUCCAAAGAUACUUACGUGAAUCCUCUGCCAGAUGAAGAAGUAAAAGAAGAUGAGGACUGUGAUCAUUCUUUUAUUUUAAAAGAUGAUCUUGGCUAUGUUUGUCGUGUUUGUGGCAUUAUUGACCGGGGAAUUGAAACCAUAUUUGAGUUCCAGUACAAGGCUAAACGGAGCACAAGGACUUAUGCAUCUGAUUCACGGAAUACCAAAGGAAAAGCAGAUGCAUUUGGAAUUAAUGUUGCUGAAGAUGAUCUCAUAGUAACUGAAAUCUCAGCACAUCCGAGACACAUGAAACAGAUGAAACCCCAUCAAGUUGAAGGAUUCAAUUUUCUUGCUAGAAAUCUUGUGGGUGACGAUCCUGGUGGGUGCAUCUUGGCCCAUGCUCCUGGAUCUGGGAAAACAUUCAUGAUAAUCAGUUUCAUGCAAAGUUUUCUGGGAAAGUAUCCUAAUGCAAGACCCUUAGUGGUGCUUCCUAAGGGAAUAUUAUCAACAUGGAAAAAGGAGUUUCAAACAUGGCAAGUGGAGGACAUUCCUCUAUAUGACUUUUACACAGUGAAGGCAGAUAGUAGAAGUCAACAACUGGAAGUGUUGAAGCAAUGGGUGGAGCAUAAGAGUAUCCUUUUCUUAGGAUACAAACAGUUCUCUUCUGUUGUCUGUGAUAAUGGGGCCAGCAGUGAAUCUUUAUCUUGCAAAAAGAUUCUACUGAAUGUUCCUUCAAUUCUUAUUUUAGAUGAGGGGCACAAUCCGAGGAAUGAAAACACGGAUAUGGUACAGUCCCUUGUGGAAGUUCAUACCCGUCUAAAAGUUGUACUGUCGGGAACACUUUACCAAAAUCAUGUCAAGGAGGUGUUUAACAUCUUAAAUCUUGUUCGGCCAAAAUUUUUGAAGAUGGAAACAUCUAAGCCUAUUGUGAGGCGCAUUCGUAGUAGAGUUCACACACCGGGGGUGAGAAGCUUCUAUGAUUUAGUUGAAAACACUUUGGAGAAGGACACGCAUUUUAAAACGAAAGUAGCUGUUAUUCAAGAUUUGCGAGAGAUGACGAGCAAGGUACUUCACUAUUAUAAAGGAGAUUUCCUUGAUGAGCUUCCUGGUCUUGUUGAUUUUACUGUGGUGCUCAAUCUUAGCCCUAGACAGAAGCCCGAAGUUGAAAAAUUAAAAAGGUUAUCUGGAAAUUUUAAGAAAUCUUCUGUAGGCAGUGCUGUCUAUUUGCACCCUAAAUUGAAACCUUUAGCUGAAAAAAGUGAAAAAGGUAUAUCUGAUAACAUGAUUGAUGCUCUGAUAGAGAAAUUGGAUGUGAGAGAUGGUGUGAAGUCCAAAUUCUUUCUGAACAUGCUAAAUUUGUGUGAAUCAGCUGGGGAGAAGCUUCUAGUUUUCAGUCAGUAUCUGUUACCUUUGAAAUAUUUAGAAAGGCUAACUAUGAAAUGGAAAGGCUGGAGUCUAAAAAGAGAAAUCUUUGUAAUCUCUGGAGAAACAAGCUCUGAGGAUCGAGAAUGGUCAAUGGAAAGAUUUAACAACUCUCCUGAUUCCAAAGUCUUCUUUGGCUCGAUAAAGGCUUGUGGGGAGGGCAUAUCAUUGGUCGGGGCAUCCCGCAUAAUUAUUUUGGAUGUUCAUCUCAAUCCUUCUGUUACUCGCCAAGCUAUUGGUCGAGCAUUCAGACCAGGCCAGAAGAAGAAAGUCUUUGUGUAUCGAUUGGUAUCUGCUGAUUCUCCUGAAGAGGAAGAUCACAGUACUUGUUUCAAGAAGGAAUUAAUUUCAAAAAUGUGGUUUGAAUGGAACGAGUAUUGUGGUGAUCAAGCUUUUGAAGUUGAGGAAGUUGGGGUGAAAGAGUGUGGUGAUCUAUUUCUUGAAAGUCCAUUGUUAGGGGAGGAUGUAAAAGCUUUGUAUAAAAGGUGAUCAAGAGAAUCAGAGUAUGAUUUCUGCAAGCUUGGAUUCCUCUCUCCUUUAUUUCCAUGUCUUAUACCUAAAUUUCAUAUAUAUCAGCUAUAGUGCUAUGGGCAUUAUUUUUGCAGUUACACUAUAUACUGUACUGCUGUUAUGUAUGACAAUUUUCCUUUAA